CAGCGGAAGGCUGCGGCGCGCCGCUGAAUUAACUGAUGAGAGCGAGUUCUUUUCUUCUCCGGGAGGGGUGGGGAGCGAGGGUCCUGGCGGGCAAGGCGGAGAAGCCCGGGGCAGGAUAGCGGUCCCGGGCCGCGGUGGAAAUUUCCAAGGACUUGGCGCGGCGCGGGGAGCGUGUCUGGGGGGUGCCUGGCGGUGAAGCAGCACGGGAGGCGGGGAGAGGCGGCGAAGGGCGCCAGAGCAUCUCUCAGAAGCGGACGCCGCGGGCCAGUAGUCUGGGAGGGAGCCGAGCCUCUCCCCGGACCCGCGCCGAGGGCGACAGUGAUGCUGCAGAACCGGCGGGAGCGACUCGCCGCGGCCGCUCUCUGCGCUCUCGGAGACCCCAGCGCCCGCCUUCUGCAGGGGAAGCGACCAUGACCGUAGCUCGUGAUUCGCCCCCCGGCCACUUCCCCUAGAAAGAAACCAUUGAAAAAGUUGCAUUUAAAAAAAUCCUUGCGCUGACCUUUGGGGCCGUGGGGGCCGAAGAAACGUGCGUGCCAGUGCAAGCCAGAAAGCGGAAGGUGUGUGUGCAUGGGGGGCCGGCGGUGGGGGGACCCUCUGCUGCCACUUUGCCUAACGCUGUGCUGAAGCCGCCCCCUCGGGACCCCGGGGCUGCGAUGAGCCCCUGCGGGCGGGCCCGGCGACACACGUCCAGAGGGGCCAUGGCAGUACUGGCGUGGAAGUUCCCGAGGACCCGGCUGCCGGUGGGAGCCAGUGCCCUUUGCGUCGUGGUUCUCUGUUGGCUCUACGUCUUCCCAGUCUACCGACUGCCCAACGAGAAGGAGAUCGUACAAGGGGUGCUGCAACAGGGCACGGCGUGGAGAAGGAACCAGACAGCAGCGAGAGUCUUCAGGAAACAGAUGGAAGACUGCUGUGACCCCGCCCAUCUCUUUGCUAUGACUAAAAUGAAUUCCCCCAUGGGGAAGAGCAUGUGGUAUGAUGGGGAGUUUUUAUACUCAUUCACCAUUGACAAUUCAACUUAUUCUCUCUUCCCCCAGGCAACCCCAUUCCAGCUGCCCUUGAAGAAAUGCGCGGUGGUGGGAAAUGGUGGGAUUCUGAAGAAGAGUGGCUGUGGCCGUCAAAUAGAUGAAGCAAAUUUUGUCAUGCGAUGCAACCUUCCUCCUUUGUCAAGUGAAUACACUAAAGAUGUUGGAUCCAAAAGUCAUUUAGUGACAGCUAACCCCAGCAUAAUUCGGCAAAGGUUUCAGAAUCUGCUGUGGUCCAGGAAGACAUUUGUGGACAACAUGAAAAUCUAUAACCACAGUUACAUCUACAUGCCUGCUUUUUCUAUGAAAACAGGAACAGAGCCAUCCCUCCGGGUUUAUUAUACACUGUCAGAUGUUGGUGCCAAUCAAACAGUGCUCUUUGCCAACCCCAACUUUCUGCGUAGCAUUGGAAAGUUCUGGAAGAGUAGGGGAAUCCAUGCCAAGCGCCUGUCCACAGGACUUUUUUUGGUGAGUGCAGCUCUGGGCCUCUGUGAAGAGGUAGCCAUCUAUGGUUUCUGGCCCUUCUCUGUGAAUAUGCAUGAACAGCCCAUCAGCCACCACUACUAUGAUAAUGUCUUGCCCUUUUCUGGCUUCCAUGCCAUGCCAGAAGAAUUUCUCCAGCUCUGGUAUCUUCAUAAAAUUGGUGCACUGAGAAUGCAGCUAGACCCAUGUGAAGACACUCCACUCCAGCCCACUUCCUAGGGACCAUGGGAAAAGAAAGAACUGAGCCAGGGUAUUUUUGUUAGAUUUUUUACAUGACUCCAAAAGGAAAUGGUCAAGUCGUUUCAUGGAUUCACAUGGGCCACUUGGAAAAACAAAACAAAACAAAACAAAACAAAACAAAACAACUACAAACCCCCAAGAGAAACUCUACUUUGAUGAUGGCUUGGAAGACAAACAAGAAAUGAAACAUCCUAUGAAAUAUUUUGUAGCAGAUUGUGGAUUUGCAACUAGUAACAUGCUGAUGGAGUAUGGAGUAAUGUUGGUGAAACACAUUUACAUGGUUCUGAUCUAGAAGGUGCAGUUCACAAACAAAACAGAACUCUAGCUGCUGAGGCUGAGCAAUUAAUCAAGGUAGAGUAAAGGAAAUGCCAGGGCAAAGUGUUACUGAUUAUCAACACAAUCUGGAUUAAAAAAAACCUAUCGUAUAUUAUAGAACAUAGGUUUUUAAAAAAUUAAUAUUUAUUUUUGCCCUAUUGAGGGGCAGUGAGUGGGUGAUGAGGUAGAUUAAAAAAAAAAACCUUACUGAGUAAUAAAGAUACGAAACACUACAGCUAAUUAUUGUGAUUUGUUGAACCAAGUCUAUGUUAACUUUAGUCUCCUUCCAUUUAAAAAAUGUUAAAUAAGAAUUGCUUCCUCUCCUUUUGUCAAAUCUACUUAGACAAUGUGAAUGAAGCAUUGUAGAAUUUAGACUGUGUUGGUUCAUAGUCUGGAUAAUGUGAGAUACUUUCUCUCCUCAGAAUUGAGGGCAUAAACUCCAUUUUAGGCCUGCAUUAUUUAAGCCUAUUUGUAUUAUUAUGUUAUUUCAGUGCAAAAAGGCUGCAAAUAUGAGUGCAUUAUUUAUUUGCAAAUUGGCAUAAUCGUCUUCCUAAUUUAAUGCUCAGAGAUGAAGUAAAGCACAAUGAUGUAAGGUUUAGUCUGGAAACAGACUGGAGGGCACAUCCCUUUUCUAUCUACCAUUGUAUAUUAUUCACUCCAAGAUACAUGCAAACAAAACAUGCAUAUAUUUAUGUACACACACACACAUACACACAGGUAAACAAAGCUCAUUCCCAUACAAGUAGGAAAGCUGAACCCACAUGACCUAGUAUGGCAAAAUCUGUACCAUUGUCAAAGAGCUACAAAUGUAUAUUAUGAACUACCCACCUCACCUUGAUAAAAGACAGGCCGGCUUACUGCUGCUUCUCGUAGUGCUCACACCAGCGUCACCCCCAAAUGCUUACCCCAAAUGAGCAGAAUUGUUUUACUCAUUCUGACUCUCCCUAACAUCUCAUGAAUGGACCUUGUGUUGAGGGUGGUGACACAAGGCAUGAUUCAUACAAGUAAAGGGAUGUGAAUUUGUAGAUGUUGAUUCCCCUGGUAGUAGCAGGUAAGGCUACUCCGAAAGCUUUUUACAUCAGCUUUCACACUGCAAACAAACUCUACUGACAGGUUACAAGCAGCCAAAUGUGUUUACAUGUAAGAGGAAGAUAAAAGAGGCCUCUCGUUGUCUUUGUGCUUUGGAAUGCCUUAAUCUAAAGGGAGACACUAGAAAUCACUCUUUUCAUUCUUUUAAAUGUCACCAGAACGUAAGCAAACUAUGCCAAAAAGUUCUGCUUCAUUUUUAAUGGUAGAGACUUAGUAUACCACAUAAAUUAAAACAGGUGACAGUUUUUGGUGGAUUAAUUUAAAAGAUACUGAGUCAACGAAGCCCUUGGAAAAAUUCAACAUCAUUGGAAUAGGCAAUUUCUAAAUAAGAGUAAAUAUUGAGGUUAUUAUAGAAAUCAGCUGUUAAAAAAUGGUUGACAUAACACAGAUUAUACUGAUAUUUGGAAAGUUAAGAAUUUGAGAGUAUUGAUAUCUUGUAGAACUGAUUUGCUAUUUUGAUUCUAUAUUGCUGCAAAGAGGUAAUGAGACUGUACUAUGAGUGAGUUAUAGUAAAUAUGCACUAUAUGUGAAACCCUAAACCUAUUUCCUCUUUAGACCUAUUAUUAUUUAAUAAUUACCAUAGAAAGGAAUACAUUUGUACCUAUACACUUCAUCAAAGGUAAAAGGGCUAAUGAAAAACAUAUAUGUCACACGAAUUAGUACUUUAACUGAUGAAAUUGUUAAAAUGUAAUUAAUGAGCUCCCUAAAACCCAUACGUCACAGUUCCACUGAAACUGCUAUUUGGAAAUUUCACAUCUUGUUAUGAUUUCUGGGAUAGAUUUAUAUAAUAUAGUGUGCAAUUUUUAGUCUAUACAUUUGUUGCUUUGGAAAAGCAAACAGAAAUGGCCUGAGAUGAUAAUGUUUAUUUAGACCAGUACUUCUCAACUGGGGUAAUUCCCCUCCCCUAUCUGGUGACAUUUGGCAAGGUCUAGAAACAUUUUUGAUUGUCAUGAUUUGGAAGGUGCUACUGGCAUCUACUGGACAGAGGCCAGGGAUCCCACUAAACAUUCUACAGUGCAGAGGUCAGCCCCCCACAGCAAAAAUUACCCAUUCUAGAACAUUAAUAGUGUCAAUGUUGAAAAUGCUGGAUUAGACCAAAAGAAUAUUUUGACUGCCCCAACUUUUCUUCACUUAAGGAUACAUAUACAUGCUCACAUCAUUCAAAGUAUGACUACCAUUGAAUGAGAAUGUUUUCUUAGAGCAGAUUGCAGCUGGCAUUAUUUUAUACUGACAAUGCAUAAGUAUGCCAUCCAUAUUCCCUUUCUUGUGGUUAGAUAGAUGUAUCUAAACUUAGAAAUGUGUGUGUGUGUGUGUGUGUGUGUGUGUGUGUGUAUAGGGGCAUUAUAGCAUAGGCUAUACAUAUCUGUCCUUCUUGAAAUACAUGUGUCCCUAAGUGAGGAUCUCUCCAGAAUUAUCUUGCAGAAUAGUCUGGAAUACUCUAUUACUAUUAAGAAGUUGAAUUCUAAGUACCUAUUAUUUUAUCUAAAACUGAGAACUUCAGAAUUGGACCUCAUACUUUGCCAAAUUUGGUCAAUGACAUUUUAAUACUGCUGACCCUUAAGGUUAGCUGAGAAGAUAUUCAGGUUAUAGUAGACACAGUCAGUAAGAAAAUAUUUCAUCACUUUCAACGCAUCUGCCAAAAGAGGGAGUCAACCUCUCUAAUCUUUAAAUUGCUUUUUAUUGACGAAAACUAGGUUGCUCCAUGGGGGCAAGAGAGGGGGUGAAGAGACUGAAAAUGGGUACCUGAUACGAGUUUUUAACUUUUAUCAGCUCCAGUUUGAGAAUUACACCGAUGCUAAGGAUCAUGAGUAAGGGUGACCUCCAUUUAAUUUUAAUCACACGUUAGCAAAAUUAAGAUGGGUGAAGGAUUAAGUCAUUCUCCAAGAUAGAAAACUGAUUUUUAUAUGAAAUAUUUUUAUAUGGAAGAGGACAGUGGAUACAUAUGCUUUAUAUAGAGUAUUUGACCAACAGUUUAUAUAACAUUGUGCAUCUGGACUGCAACUAACACAUGAAGUUAAGGAGUGCCCCUGGGAUUUUGCUUCCGUAUAGUUCACUGUUAUUUUAACAAGGUAGUAUUCCAAAAUGAUACAAAUGACCCCAAAAGGCAGAUGUUCAGACAAUACCUAUUGGAGUUUUUGAUGUCUCAUGACCUUCUCUUGGCUACAAACUUUCUUUAGGAUACAUAUAACAUACCUGGAGCAAUGGGCAACACAGUUUAACAAUCUACAUGGAAAAUAAUGGAAGAAAUCCCAGGAUUCUGAAUUUGACAAAAAUAUUCUCAGUCAGAAGCUCUACAGAAGUGUUAUAGACUAUUCCAAAUAGAAAAAAAAAUAUCAAUGACGUUUCUUCUUGUUACCUACUAUCAUAGUUUUGUAAUUUUAUUAUAGAUAGCUUUCCAUUUCUUUGUUUGAAAAAUCAGCCAUCUGUAAUUUUAAUUUUUAUAUUUAAAAAUGUUGACUUUGUGAAAAUUUUAACCGACAAAUCCUUGUUAGGUGAGACCUAAAAGGUCACAGUCCACCAAAAACUUCAGGGAAUUCUUAUUCCUAUGAAAAUUUUCCCACCAGAACCAGAUAAUAAUAUCUGCUCUGUUUAGAGUUCCAGAGGUCAAGAGCUGUAAAGACUUUUGUGAGAACCUGAGGGAAAAUAUGGGGAGGAGUAAGGACUGAGAGCAGUACUGUGCUUUUUAUUUCUUCAUCUUCCCAGGGUAGAGGCUGACUCUCAGACUCUGACUUUUAGUGAGCACGCAUCAAGAAACAGCUACAAGACACCUGAAACUUAGAUCAAGCCCCCAGCAAAGUGUGUAGUAACUAUAACUAAACAUGACCAGCAAUUUUAGCAGUUUCAAUCCACCGUGUGCCAGGGAGAGGAUGAGGCAAGUGGAGAGGAGGAGACAACCCUACUCCCAAGCUUUCGGUACGUAAGUCAGAGAAGUCUCUGCCCUUGACCUUGGCUUUCCAGCACUAUCUAUUUCUGCUGACUACCAGGGAAGCUGGCUUGUCUCUGGGGUCAAGCUUGUAGUCUUGUGACUGGAGAAUUGGUGUGGAAAUUUGCUAAGAUGCUUGAAAUUUUACACUGCUGUAAACAGUUUUUUUUUCCUCUUAAACUUGUGCUCUCUAAAUUUGGGUGUCCUGUGACAGAAUUCUAGUCACCCUGACCUAAUUAUGGCCCUGUCAGUGAUUAUUAAAAAUGGAGCUUUUUUUUUUUCUCCAUGCAGAUGAAUUUUCUAAGUUCUUGAAGCCAGGGAGAUAUCAAGUAUAGCUGACCCUUGAAUAACACAGGUAUGAACUGCAUGGGUCUGCUUAUAUAUGGAUUUUUUCCAAUAUAGUACAGUACUGUAAAUGUAUUUUCCUUAUGAUUUUCUUAAUAUUUUCUUUUCUGUAGCUUACUUUAUUGUAAGAAAACAGUAUAUCAUGCAAAUAACAUAAAAUAUGUGUUAAUCGACUGUUAAUGUUGUUGGUAAGGCUUCUGGUCAAUAAUAGGCUAUUAGUAGUUAUGUUUUGGGGCAGUCAAAAGCUGUAUGCAGAUUUUUGACUGCACGGCAGGGUUGGGACCCCCAAUCCCACAUUGUUCAGGGGUCAACUAUUUUCCACCCGUUCUUGUAUAGUUUCUUUAAAAGCCCUGGACACUGAUCCAAAAGAAUCCAGAAGCUUAGAAUGUUUGUUUGCAACUCCUAACCAUGAAGGCAGAAUAUUUAGGUUGAACACUGUAAGAGUCCUAUUUUGUAAGAAGAAAGACACUUAACAUGAAGCUACAGUUGCGGUAGCCUUUUUCCUUCCUAUCAUAAGAAAAUGGAUACUACUGGCUUACCCUCAGCCAAGAAUUUACCCUCAUUCUCUUGUAGUUUUUACAUACAUCCUAGAGGUGAGGGAUCGAAAGAGACGUGUGGAAGGAAGGCUCAUUCAAACAUAACACGGCCUCUGCUCAUCAUCACAAUACAGAAGAAGUACAUAUUUCUGUUAAAGCCCAUGGCUAUAACUUUUUUAAAGCACAAGAGAGGAAUUAUAUUUUAUGGUCACUUGUUUGCCCACCUCCUGUGUAUUCUUAUUGAUCCCUACAUUGUGCUAAAAUCCCUUCUAACUUUGCUUUUCUGUUAAAGCUGUAGGAUAUAAUCAAUGAUGCAAAGCUGCCUGGGAGUUUUAUAGAGUAAUAUUCAAAUAUAUUGAUCAUGUCUCUUUCUGCUUCUACAUAAUUAGAUUUUCUCCAGUUAUUUGUCAUUUUAAAAGUGUAUGUGUCACAUGAUACCAGUAAACAUCUAAGAAAUGUGAUUUUUAUCCAGGGCAGAGAAAUUGGGAGUCAGAUAUGUCUGUUUUUCUCUGCAUAGGAAGCGAAAUGGAAAAUUGUAAUAAAGAAGGGUUUAACCAAAAUGAAAAAGAGAAAGAGGAAAUCAGGAUUUUAAUUGUGAAGGACCACUGACAGGGAUCUUAGUCUGAAGCUAAGCCCAGAGCACAGAGGCUGUUGUCCUUGAGCUCAGUCCCAAGAAUAGAACCUUCCAAAACCUUUUAAAGGAAAUAUAUUGUUAUGCAGUAAUUAUGGCUCAUGAUGAAAAGACUCUAGAAGAAGCAGUGUGAGAACCAGGUUGUGAGACACUUAGGGAAGAAGAUGGAAGAGUGGCACCUGUUUACCUACUUGGACCCUUCUGCCCCUCUUCGAGUUACGCUUUCCUUGGUGUCUAUGUUGGGAUAUACAAAGGCUGCCAUUUUCAUAUCCCCUUUGACACAUAUGCAAGAUUAUUAUUUAGGUCUCCUGUCAUGAUGAGGCAGCAAUGGUAGGAAGUGAAGGUGACCCUUUGAAACAUGGUCACCAUAUGCAUGAUGAGAGUUAGAAAGAUUUAGAUGCAUUUUCUCCUCUCUGUUUUAGUGUAAACACACACACACACACACACACACACACAUACACACACACGCACACACACACCUUGCAUUAUUUAUGCCCAUUGAAAAGAGAAAAAUGUCUGGCUAGGUGGCAGAGGGUGCCUUAACUUUUUCUGCUUGGCUCCCACUUCCUUUUGUAUUUCCUUCAUGUACCUGUCUCUUUAGAGGUGUAGCCAUGUCUGUUCCAAGUUGUAUCUUUACCAUCAGCAAGAACUCUUAUAACUGUAGUAAAUGUGACUAUUUUAUAUAAAUGCACAAUAGUAUAUAGGCCUUGGAGAUGUCUGAUAACUGUAUGUAAAUAUCUUUUGUUGAAGUAGUAGAACCUUCUCAUAAAGAGCUCCUUAGGUGAUAGCUACAAGAGAACUAAGAUGAUUAGAUUCAAAUAUGUGUUUCUCCAGCAAAUACUAGCUUUCAUGGAAGCAAGGAAACAAUUUGUUUCUGUUUCUCAUUCACUCUUAAGCACCAAUUCUUUGGGCUUUCUUGUCCGUAAGUUACUAUAGAUAUCCCUCUCAUACAGGAUUCACAAUUUGUAGUGAUUGAUGGUCAUAGGGGUACAUCAGAGUCAGACACUAGAGGGAAGGGGAGAGAACAGACAAGUAGAAGCUCCAUUGAAAAGCUUGUUUAAUUUUUUAAAAGUCUAGAACAUUAUUAGAACUCUACCACACAGCAUAGUUGGUCUAAAAAGUUUUGAAAAAGUUUCUUGCUGGUCUCUUUCAGUUGACUAUUGCACCUUAUAUAUUCUUCCACAUAUGUGAAAACUGUUUUUCAAGAGCAAAUUUGCAGGGGCGCCUAGGUAGUUCAGUCAGUUAAGUGUCCGACUCUUGAUUUCGGCUCAGGUCAUGAUCUCACAGUUCGUGAGUUCGAGCCAUACAUCAGGCUCUGUACUGAUGGCACAGAGCCUGCUUGGGAUUCUCUCUCUCUCUCUCUCUGUGUGUGUGUCUCUCUCUCUCUUUCUGCCCUUUCUCCUUCUCUCUUUCUCUAUCUCUCUAAAAAUAAAUAAACUUAAAAAACUAGCAUAUUUGCAAAUUGGAAGUAAGAGAAAAAUAGAAAUUCAAAUAUUCUUUCUCAUACAGUGUAGCUUGAUUACUGGUCCAUGGGGGCAAUAAUUCUGGAAAAGACCUUAGAUUAGACUAUAAAACUGAAAUAAUCUUUGAAGUAUACAUGGAAUUACUUUUUCCUAAUGAAGCUAAAUUCUGUUGGCAGGAGGUGUGGGGAAAAUCAAUGCUCUUCAUUUCUUUAAGUUUAAUAUAAAAUGUAGCAGGUAAGAAAAAACUUUAACUUGUACUUUUUAUAGUGUGACUUGAAAAAAAAAGUAUCUAUCUCGGUUGGUUCUACUGAGCGGUUUCCACAGAAUCUAAAUGUAAUGUCAUAGGAGGAGGUUUGCUGUAAAAACAUGUCUUUUUCUUUGGUGUGUUCAUUGUAAUUAUGGCUGGUAGUGAGAAGAUUCAGUAAGUCUCAAUUUCUCUACCUCCCUUACUUGGAGAAAAUUUGGAAAUGUACCCUGUGAAUAAAAUGAUUUUUUUUAUAGUG